AUGAUCGACUUCACACUCUCCGAAUCCCAACUCGCCGCCCGCAAGAACGCAGCCGCCUUCGCCUCGCAGCUGCUCCGCGGCGCGUACGAAUCCUACACCAAACUCCCCAACGACGGCGUCUCGCGCUUCCUCUCCACCAAGCCCCUCUUCGAGACCGCCGUCCGCGCCGGCAUCGUCAAGUCCCUGGUCCCGCCCCAUCUCGGCGGCACGGGCGGCACGCUCCUCGAGUCCGCGCUCGUGACCGAGGAGCUGUUCGCCGUGGAGCCCGGCGUCGCGCUGAACUUGCUCACGGACAGCCUGGGCCUGAUGCCCCUCGUCUUCUCGCCCGCGGACGAGGCGCUGAAGAGGGAGCUGGUCGCGCCGUUUCUGACGGGCGAGGGGAGUCCGCUGGCGGCGUUUCAGUGGUCUGAGCCGACGGGUACCGCGAAUUUCCUCGAGAAGGGAGGGAGGGGGAUUCAGACGACGGCGCGGAAGGACGGGGAGAGCUGGGUAUUGAAUGGCGAGAAGAUCUGGGCUGGGAACGGCGCUGGGUGGGACGGGCGCGGGGCCGAUGUGCAGACCAUAUUCUGCCGCGACGUCGGAAUCACCACCGACGACCCCGUAGAUUCGGCGAUGCUCCUCGCCGUGCCCCGCGCCGUGCUCGACGAGAACGACACCGGCGCUUUCCGCGUCCUGGCGUACCAGGAGACACCAGGAUUUACGGCGCACUGCGGCCCGCACGUCGCCUUCAAGAACCUCCGCGUCCCUGAGAAGUACGUCGUCGCCACGGCCGACGCGGCGGUGCAGAUCGUCGAGAUGGCUUUCGCGGCGACGGGCGCGAUGGUCGGCGCGAUGGGUGCGGGAAUCAUGCGCACCGCGUUCCAGGCAGCGCUCAAGUUCGCAAGAGAGAAGGACCAGGGCGGCAGCGUCAGGGUCAUCGAGAGGCAGUCGGCUGCGGACCUGCUGAUUUCGCUCAAGACCAGGAUUGACACGGCGCAGCUGCUCAGCUGGAGGGCGGCGCAUGCGAUCGACACGGGCGCGAGGAACGCCGUUGAGUUGUGCUCGCAGGCGAAGAUCUAUGGAUCUGAAGCGGCGGUCGAGGGUGUUGCGGAGGCGAUGAGGGUUAUUGGCAUAGCGUCUUGGUCGAGCGAGUAUCCGUUUGCAAGGUUGGUGCAGGAGGCUGCUGUUUUGCCCAUCUUUGACGGCGGUAACCAGGGAGUCAGGAGGAGAGUAGUGCAAAGGGCGAUGAUGGAUCCUGAAUAUGAUCCCUUUGCACUCUGA